CGUCACCCGACUACCCGAGUAAUGUUUUGUUUUUGUUAACAAAUUACGAUUUAUUAUUUUAUUAUUGUUGUAAUAUUAUUAUACUCUUAAGAAAUAGCCAUGAGCCUUUAGCAAAUGUCUACGUGACAAUAAUUUGCAAGUACAAGUUUUACAAGUUACCGAAAGUUGAAUAGUGUAUAUUAUACGCACGAAUAACUUAUAAUUAUUCGAAGUUAACAAUUGAAACCAGCACAACUUAGACGUACAAUCAUUUGACCCAUUUACAUUUAACAGACCGUUACUCGUUAGUGCAGGUGAUACAGCAGUCAUGUGCUUGAAACGGGAUAAUGAUGACAACUGUGACAAGUUUUUGUAUCCGUUUCCGAUAUUGGACACUAUCGAUUUGACGAUAGAUGAGUUAGGGGAUGAUGAUAACUUCGUGGAAAUCACACCGCGUGUCGACCAGUGGAAUUAUCCGUACAAUUUGUUGCCAUCUAGUGAUGAAGAAGAGCCGGCAAGUGGUUUCAUAAGCCAUAUGGAGGACAAUACUGGAGAUGUUCAUUAUACUCAUUCAAAUACCACUCAUGACUCAUUAAAUGAAAUAAAUCAAAAUGCUAACACAUCAAGUGCAUCAGUAAAUAUUAACUUCAAUAUUUCGGAAACCAACAAUACUGAUCAAUCUAGUGAAGAUAGAGAAUUUGAAUUGAAUAUACCACAAAUAUUGUUAUCGAUGUCCAGAAUAUCACAUAAUUUGUACAAUCAAUCUUCGUCAUCUCAUGAUUAAUUAGUCUUAUAUUCUGAGCGAAGUGAUGAGUGUAUUGAUUUUACAAUGAUGUGUAUUUUUUUUUUUAUUUUUUUUUUUUUGUGUCUAUCAUCACCUUUUAGGACAGUAAAAGUGCUUGGAUUUUCUUCAACAGUAACUUUUCUGAUAGGAAAGUGAAUCUAGUUGGUACUUUGGGGGGUCAAAAGUAAAAAUUUCAAGUAAUUUUCAAAAGCGACAUGAAAAACAAAAGAAAAAUUAAGGAAAUACUGGAAUUUUUACGCAAAAUCUGUUUUCGAGAAAAAAAAAAUGUCUACAAGAAACUUAAAUUAAAUUUUUAUGAGCGUCUGAAAUUUAUAUUUUUACAACAUUUGAUAUUCACUCGAUUUCUCAUGUAACAAUUUUCUUAUUUUAUUGUAAUUAAAAAACGAAUGACUGUAGAUACUUGAAAAUUUCACUGAAUGUUUAUAUUAGCAUUUUCUAUACAACAUAAAAUGUUGAAAAUAUUUUGACUCUUUUUGAGCUGUUUACGGACAUUGUCAGUUUUCAAUUUUUUUAGUUUUUUUUUCUAUAAAUAUCAAUAAAAUUUUAUUUGUUGGGUAAAAAAGCGUGAAAAUGUAAUAUAAGGCUCCUGAUAUAUCGUUCUAAUAACAGUUGAAAAAUAUUAAAAAUACAUAGGCACAAUUUUUUUUUAUAAGCAUUUAAAGUUCAAAUGUUGACAUUUAUCAAAUUUAUAAUUUAUUAAUUAUUUUGUAGUUAAAAAUUUAUAAAAUGUUUAACUUUUAUAGCUAAGGAUUGAAAAUUGAAAACAAGGCUCAACGUAAAUAGGUUAUAUAUAAAUUACUUUAUUCACAAUAAUAUCAUCAAAUAUACUUGGUAAUAUCAUAGGCUGACUGACUGUUUUCGCUCAGAAUCGUUUUUCUUAUACAAUGAUAUUAUAAAAUUGAA